ACCCCUCAAGAUACACCGGAGUCAGGAUUUUUCUUGCAAGCUGACAAGAAAAUGUCACCGAAGAAGCUAAAUUCAUCAAUGCAGCCUUCUCGAAGCCGACGGAGUCUGCAGGUCGCCCAGGAGCGUAUACGUUGGCUGGUCGCCAACGCACCAACUCUCCUAACAAUGCUCGACUACGUCUCCUGGGCAAUGGACGUGGUCGAAACACUGCCACAACCACCAAAUGCUGCUUUGCAGCAAUUAGCACCGCGACGAUCUCCGACGGCUGACCUGCCACGACGAUCUCCGGCGGCUAACCUGCCACGACGAUCCCCGGUGGCUGACCUGCCACAACGAUCCCCGGUGGCUGACCAGCCUCGACGAUCCUCGACGGCUGAGCAGCCGCAGAGAUCUUCGACGGCUGAGCAUCCUCGACGAUCCUCGGCGGCUGACCCGGCGCAGCGAUCUCCGACGGCUGACCCGCCACGGCGAUCCCCAAUGGCUGAGCAGCCUCAGAGAUCUUCGACGGCUGAGCAUCCUCGACGAUCCUCGGCGGCUAAUCCGGCGCAGCGAUCCCCAAUGGCUGAGCAGCCUCGGCGAUCUUUGACGACUGAGCAGCCUCGGCAAUCUCAAACAGCUGAGCAGCCUCGACAAUCUUCGGUGACCCGAAGAAGACGGUCUCGGUCGAGCUCAAGUUCUAGCUCGAGUUCGAGCUCGAGUUCGAGCUCGAGUUCGAGCUCGAGUUCGAGCUCUAGUUCGAGCUCUAGUUCGAGCUCCAGCUCUAGUGGAACAUCAUCUAGUAGCGCAUCAUGUACAUCUGUUAAAAGUAUACGCGAUCUCAAGCCGAUUCCUAAGAUCGCGUCCUCGAAUAUGAAGAGAAAAGUAAAUGAUCAAAAAGGCAACGAGCAGAAGAAGAAAAAGGCAGGAGAGAGAGACGUCACCAAAACCAUGGAACAUCUACAAUGA